AGUAAAUGUGAAAAGAGAGACGAUUACCGUCCAUGUACAGAUAGUUCAACAUUAUACGUUCAUAGACAUACUGUUUCUUCAUCUACUACCUCUUCACUGGAAGGAAGCAUCUUCAUCAAGAUCAUUAUACGUAAACUCACACCCACUACGAUCCCUGUAUAUCAUCGCUCUCUUCAUCAAUAAUUUAUUUGUCACUCAACAUACUCCCCGGGCCCGGGUGCCCCGGGAGACGUUAAGGAAGGGAAAAGGAUACUUUAGGGACGUGGGCAGGGGUGAAUGGUUUCACAAGGUGAAACGGGCGCCCGGAGGGCGCGCACUCCCCUCCGCGCUGCGGCAAAGGGGAGCGGGAGCGCGCAGGCUUUAAAUACAAGAGGAAGGCGGCAGUACUGCCACCGGUCCCCCUUGAAAAUGUGGCAGCAUGAAAGGCCUUCAGUGUUUCCUUUAAAGGCGUCCUAGGGGUCCUUUAGUGUUUACAUUAAAGGCGAGGGGUCCUCCAGUGUUUACAUUACAGGCGCCUUAAGGGUCCUUUGGUGUUCACAUUAAAGGGGAAGGGAGUCCCUUAGCAUUCACAUUAGUGGCGUCUCCGGGGUCCUCUAGUGUUCACAUUAAAGGCGAAGAGCGUUCGGGGGUUUUUCGUAUUAUAUAAAUAGUCGCUGUUGUUGUUGUUUGUUGCUGUUUGUUGCUGUUUGCUGAUGUUUUGCUGCUGCUGUUUUGUUGCUGCUGUUUUGCCGCUGUUGCUUUGUUGCUGCUGCUUUGUUGUCGCUGCUGUUGUUCCGCUGCUGUUGUUUUGUUGCUGUCGUUGUUGCUCUUGUUGUUGCUCUUGUUGUUGCUCUUGUUGUUGCUCUUGUUGUUGCUCUUGUUGUUGCUCUUGUUGUUGCUCUUGUUGUUGCUCUUGUUGUUGCUGCUGUUGUUGUUGCUGCUGUUGUUGCUGCUGUUGUUGUUGUUCUUGUUGUCCUUGCUGUCUUUGUUGUUCUUGCUGUUGUUGUUGUUGUUCUUGCUGUUGUUGUUGUUGUUGUUGUUCUUGCUGUUGUUGUUGUUGUUCUUGCUGUUGUUCUUGCUGCUGUUCUUGCUGUUGUUCUUGCUGUUGUUCUUGCUGUUGUUCUUGCUGUUGUUCUUGCUGUUGUUGAUGUCCUUGCCCUUCCUCAAGGCCACCUGCUGCCCACAUGAAAGGCCUUCAGUGUUUACUUUAAAGGUGUCUUAGGGGUCCUUUAGUGUUUACAUUAAGGGCGCCUUAGGGGUCCUUUAGUGUUCACAUUAAAGGCGCCUUAAGGGUCCUUUAGUGUUCACACUAAAGGGGAGGGGAAUCCUUUAGCAUUCACAUUAAAGGCGUCUUAGGGGUCCUUUAGUGUUCACAUUAAAGGCGAGGAGCGUUCGGGGAUUUUUAAUAGUAUUUAAAUAGAGUAUUGUAAAAAUAUCCCUAUCUUGGAGAAAUAUCGGACCGCCAGCAGCACAGGAGUAGCGGAACGACGAUAAAGACCCUCAAUAGCCCAGAUACAGUUUUUUCUUGUCGUUCGAGGAACUUUCAAGACAAGUAAAAGCAUCGACCUAUAACGAGGAAGACGAGACUGAACACGGCACAAGAGUGUGGAAGACUAGGUACUUAGACUUACUUCAUUUAGUUUAGAAUCAAGAAGUAAUGGAAUUUUCAAAACUGAUGUUAUGGUAUGCUGCUUAGAUUGAUGGUGCUGCUGAUCAUAACAUAAAAUAGAAUAAGUCCGUAGAAUCAUCUUCAUCUUCCCUGACCGCACCAUCCAAAAUGCUCGAGCAUCCUUCAUCAUCGUUCUCAUCAUCUUUCCAAAAAAUAGGUUUAUUUGCAAACUCGAUCGGCGCUUCUCAAAUAUCACGACUGUUGCGUAUUCGGGACUGCUCCAAGAGCCAACAACAUAAACACGAAUAAGGACACUGUGCUGGAGCACCAGGAGUGUUGGUUUUAAAACAAGUGCCAAGUGGACGAGGUAACUAUAUACCAUCAACAAUUGAUUCGACUUGGCAGUAGGCGCUUCCUAAAGAAAGAUGCAUGAGAGAUGUUGUUGCGCCAGCAUUUUCGUUCAUGUAACCCCGAACACAACACCAGGUAACCUUCCGAUAUUUCUCAAGGAUAAUUAUGCUCACCAGGAGGUAACCUUUCGAUAUUUCUCGAGGAUACUUCUGCUGAACGACAACGGUUUUUGACCCGGGUGAGAUACAGACUAUUGGUAUUGCAGAACCAAAAGAAGCGCCGGAGACAAGAGACGGAGACGAGUCCGUUACCAUUCACAUUAUUCACUACAAAAAAAGAAAUACCACUUGGCUUCACGAUACUCAAGGCUUCAGCACUCUUUGUGGAGUUCAAGGUAUUUAUUUUUCAUAAUGUGAAGGUUCCCUCCUACGAUGUAAUGUUUUUAGAGAUCGAUUACAUGUACAUCAUAAGUGUGAAAACGAAAGCCAAACCUGUUCGAGAAGUUUUGUUUAGUCUUGGAUCUUUAGCAAUAGUUGAUGUAUCUCGAGUGAAAUAAAAACAGAUAUUCACCGGCAUCCCGCAUUUUCUGGAUUUGUGACGGUUGAGGGUAAAGUUCCGAGUCACGUUAUCGGCGUACCAGUGCGCGCAGCUUCUACUUAUUUCUUAUUCGAAUGCACGCGCACUUCUCCACAAACAUAGAUCACUACAACAACGUCAUCUGCAGAACACAGAACAUAGGAGACCACAUCUUCUUCUGCAGAGUAUAGGACCGCGCCACAUCUUCUUCGGCAGAACAUCGACUACUAAACACUCAUCUUCAACUUCCCAGCACCUCCUUCUGCCGUAACACUACAACGACCAUCAACAUCUUCUACUCCUGCGCAUAUUAAUAGCCAACAACUACAACGACAUCUUCUGCUUCCCUUGUAGCCUUACAGCAUCUGAUACAAUGUUGAUCAUGUCAGGAGAGCAGCUGUGCGCGUUCUUAACCAUUUUUUUGGUGUUGGCAUCUGAGGUGGUCACGGUCCUGGGGAAAGUAGAUCAGCGCUCGAAAGGAUUCUUGCGUGGAAGUGCAAAUCAGGAAAGUAGUUUUGUUCAAAUAUCAGAUGCAGCAUACGAUCGAACGCUGAACAGUGCCCAGAAUCGCAUUUUACCUCGGGGACGUUCCACCGCAAUUUGGGAGUGGCCUAAAGAGGAUUUGAAAACCACGCUGCGGAAUUCGUACAAGAACUUCGCCUACAUGAUCUCUCACGACGGUUUGAGCGUCAUGGUGGACAGAGCAUUCACGCUCUACCCCAAUCAAUACGGGAAAAUUACUCUCAGUUAUGCGUUGUUUUUUGGCGUUCUUGUUAGCGUUGUUUCAAGUCAAGAAGAAAACGCAGACACAACAGAAAAAUAAAAAGAACAGCAAAAAAGUGCCUCUAAGUCACUGUUACAGCAGUUGCAGGUCGAAACGUUUCUGGCAAUAAAAAAUGGCCCUUCGAUGUUUUUGUCAUUUUUGAAGUGGUAGACGGCACGCUCGCAGAGACGAAUAGCAGUGGCGACGUUGUCCGAAAAAUAGACACCGAUAAUAAGAUUUCUUUUGCAACAACCCCACAAAUAUUUGAGGGCUUCCGAAAGUCCGCCACAGUAUCACAGCAGCUUAGAACGACAUGAUUGUGCGUGCUAAGGAGUCAGGAGUACUGAGUUGUUGUAGUUGAGUUGUUCAUAUUCUACAUAAAUAACAUGAUAGUGAUUAAUCUGUGAUCCAAUUCCAAGAAGGUAUUGAUUAAAGUGUGCUAAGUAUUUCCUGAAGUAGAGUUUUGUUCUAUUCAGGUGCAAACCUAAGAUUGCUGUUCUUGUGUCAAAUGCAAUCAUAUUUCUGACGCUUGUUGUUGAGCACUACAAAAAAAUAGGUUCAGAUGAUGAGUGUUAUGCACUAUCUUCCAAACCGAGAAGAUCCUGUACAGACAUAAUACAUAGAUCAGAAUCAUAGAACGUUCGACAAAACACCUUUUUCAUAUCGGAAAAACAGUAGAGAUCGUUGUGGUACUCGGAACUCCAUCUUCAGGAUAAUGUAGUCUAACCGCAUAUAAUGUACUUAUCAAAUAAUAGUUAUUGUACUACUUACAAAAAAGGGUAGCACGCAGCAGAAAAUUGCUACGAGAGAGCCUCUCAAAUCUACUGAAGGAGACAUAAAAACAAGGAUACUUCUGCGUGUUCAACCAGAGACACAGAGUGACGACGGCGCUGCUUUUGAGUGAAAAAGUACUUACUUAUGUUGAUCAAGAAGAUGAAGGAAGAGC